AUGACGGACCCAGACCUCAACAAUAAGCUCGAUAGACUACUCACUCUAUUGGAAGCUCAGCUAGAGCUUACUAGGCAGGGUCAUCGAGAGGAACGACUACAACGAGCUCAGCUGGGUAGGGAGGAGACAAUGGACCUCUCUCACUCGGAAGACCAAGCAGGAGGAGGAGAUGAGUCUAUGAUAGGAGACCCACAUACUCCUACUCCUGCUCCACGAUCAAGACGAUCAGUCUCAUUCAACCUGGAUGAGCAGGAGGACAUCAACUAUGAGAAGUAUGCUUCACCUACUGGGCCAAGAUAUGUCAAGACUAAGCUGGACCCCUACAGCAGGACUAGGACGGACCCUUACCCCCUGGACCACGAGGAGGAUACCAGCAUCAUGGCAGAGCUUAACCGGUCAAAGCCCAUCGCCACCCCCUUUCCAAAGUUCAAUCCCCGAGACAUGGAGAUCUUCAUUCUAGAAGCCGAAGCAUGGUUUAAGUUCAACCAGGUGUAUGAGCAGUCUAGGAUGAUCAAUCACAUGGGUGCUCAACUGGAAGGGACAGCAAGAGAGUGGUGGACCUCCAAGCUCCGUAUUGAUAGAGCUAGAGAAGGAAGGUUGUUCAAUGAUUGGCACUACUUCACAGAGCGACUGUCAGAGCAGUUCAACCCACGCAAUGCUAGGAUGGAGGCAUACAACAAGCUGUUGGCUCUCAGACUCACAAGUGAUGCUCCUGGUGCCGCCACAUGUCAUGUAGAGCGGUUCAGAGACUUGGAAGGACAGGUCAACCUAGAUGACAAUGAGCUAGUGAUUGAUCUCUUCAGAGGUAGUCUCACUCGUAGCAUACAGGAGAAGUUCGAGAGGAAUCCACCUGGGAAGAGAUGGGAGUGGUAUCGAGAGGUCGAGGAGAUCGAUCGACAGAGGAUGCUACUACAGCAUGGAGGCAAAGCAGUACUGGAGCUCUCUGGAAUGGUUCAAGACCAUCCUGCUCGGAUACUAGCUGAUACCGGUGCUGGUUUGUCCAUAGUCUCAGAUUCUUUCAUUAGUAAGUACCAAAUACCCACAAAACCCAUAAAAACAAGAUCGAUCCAUGGUGUCACCGGGCACCAACUCUCCAUCAAUAGUUCUGCGAGCAUGCAGGUAUCUAUUGGUACACACAAUCUGGGUGUGGUCGAAGCUUCAGUGGCCGACACUGCGGACUAUGACCUCAUCCUGGGGUUCACUGAGCUACGGAGGCUCAAACCCACCAUACAAUGGGAUACGGGCCAGCUGGAGUUCAAGACUCAGGAGCAGGACCGACCCCCUAGUAGACCCCCUGAAGCAGCAAGAGCAGGGGACCUAACCAUGAGGAGACCAACCCUUCAUGGUAACGAGUUUGUCUCAGCAGAGCGCAUACUACGAGCAGCUCUGGAAGAUGGACCCAUAGGGUUCAUGCUGUUAGAGGAGCCACCAUCAUCACUCCCAGCCUUUGGUUUUGUACCUACAGGUGCAGACAAAGGAGUCGAGAUGGAGGUGGAGGUAGAUAAGGUGGUGACGGCUGCAGACAUACCAAAGCCAUACCAACACCUGCGAGAUGUGUUUGAUGAGGUGGAAGCAGACAAGCUGCCCCAUCAUACCGAGCAUGAUCUCCACCUCGAGUUGAUAGAAGGAGGUAAGCCACCUCAAGGGCCCCUAUACCUUAAGGGACCCAAGGAGAUGUCCGAGUUGAGGAGGUACUUGGAUGAGAACCUCGAGAAGGGGUUCAUAAGACCAUCGAAGAGCCCGGCACGAUCACCGGUGCUCUUCGUACCAAAGAAGGAUGGAGGUCUCAGACUCUGUGUGGACUACAGAGGUCUCAACGAGAUCACUGUCAAGAACAGGGCACCAUUGCCCCUCAUCGAAGAGCAGCUGUUCUUACUCAGGAAGGCAAGGAUCUAUACCAAGCUAGACCUUAGAGCAGCAUACAACCUCAUCCGGAUUGCUAAAGGAGAUGAAUGGAAGACAGCUUUUGGCACUCAGUUGGGACUCUAUGAGUACCUAGUGAUGCCCUUUGGCCUAGCCAAUGCUCCGGCUCACUUCCAGUCAUUCAUCAAUGACAUCUUCCGAGACAUCAUUGGGAUAUAUGUGGUAGUAUACCUAGAUGACUUCCUGAUCUUCAGUGACACUGAAGAAGCACAUGUGAAGCAUGUCACUGAGGUCCUCACUCGCUUAAGGAGCAACAGGCUCUUUGCUAAGCUGUCAAAGUGUGAGUUCCACACCAAGACAGUUGAGUUCCUGGGGUACAUCAUCAAGCCAACGGGCAUAGAGAUGGACCCAGAAAAGGUGCGCACUGUUAAGGAGUGGCCAAUGCCGGAGUCAAUCCAUGACAUCCAGAGGUUCCUGGGUUUUGCCAACUUCUAUCGAAGGUUCAUAGCCCACUUUGCUCGCAUAGCCAAGCCCUUGACAGCACUGGUAAAGCCUAUAGAACGGUUCAAGAAGUUCGAGCUACCAGAGGAGGCCCAACAGGCCUUCCACAAGCUCAUCCAGGCCUUCACAUCAGCAGGAGUGCUUCAGCACUUCGACUACCACCUUCCAACAAGGUUGGAGACUGAUGCAAGUGACUUUGCUAUAGCAGGAGUACUCAAGCAGGAGCAUGAAGGACGAUGGCAUCCAGUGGCCUUCUACUCUAGGAAGAUGUCUUCUGCCGAGAAGAACUAUGAGAUCCAUGAUAAGGAGCUCCUAGCUGUGGUCGCUUGCCUCACUCAGUGGCGACACAUGCUAGCUGGACUACCGAACCAACUGGUCAUCCUCACUGACCAUGAAGCCCUCAAGUACUUCAAGUCACAGAGACGCAUCACAGGUCGACAAGCUCGAUGGGCAAUACUACUAGCAGACUUCGACUUCAUAUUGCAGUAUCGACCAGGAGACAAAGGUGGUGAACCCGAUGCUCUCACCAGAAGGACAGACAUGCAACCAGCUGGUGAAGAGCAGGAUCACAAUGUGAGGCAACUACUGCCUCCUCGAGUGUUCAAGGAGACAGCAGACCAUGACUCGCUUCUAGUGGCCCCCAUGAUCUCGAUGGAGUCCAUAGCAUCAAAAGGUCUCAAAGACCUGGUCAAGAUCUUCCAGCCUUUAGACCAAGAGCUACAGGAGAUACAUAGGAAGAAGCCUUUCGAACUCAAGGAUGACCUAUGGUACAGUGGAGGAAGGUUGGUUAUCCCCAAGGUGAUCAUGCCAGGGAGGACCAACAACCGACACUCAAGGAGUGCCAAAGAGGUAGAUGGACAGUCUCUCUCUGUAGAGCAUCUGCGAUUCAUGGUGAUGACCCAAUGCCAUGAUGCUUGGAUUGCAGACUAUGUAGCAAGUUGUCCUGUAUGUGCUAGGUACAAAGCUCCUCGUCAUCGUCCAUAUGGUUUGCUACAGCCACUAGCAACCCCAGACAGGCCCUGGGGCUCCAUAUCCCUCGACUUCAUCGAAGGACUACCAACAUCGAAGAAGUAUGACUCCAAGACCUAUGACUCUAUCUUAGUCAUUGUCGACAGGCUAACCAAGUUUGCCAUACUAGCUCCAACCCAUAAGACAGUCACGGCCAAACAGACUGCAGUAUUGCUAUAUGGACACAUGGUUAGACUCUUUGGAUAUCCAGAUCACAUGGUCUCGGACCGAGGCAGGCAGUUCAUAUCAGGAGCAUGGAAGGCAUUUGCAGAGCAAAUGGGUGUGAAGCACUCACUUAGCACGGCUUACCAUCCUCAAACUGAUGGUCAGACAGAGAGAGUCAAUCAGGUCAUAGAGCAAUAUCUCAGGAUGUACUGCAACUAUGAGCAGAAUGACUGGGCCAACCUGCUGGACACUGCGGCCUUUGUAUACAACAACACGGUCCACAACAGCAUUGGUGUCUCACCAUUCUUUGCAUGCUAUGGAUGGAACCCCAAAGCUCAUCCUGACAUCCCUCAACGACUAGGAGUCAAUGAUCCAGGUCGCUUCGAGUACCUCAUGGAUGGAAAGGAGCGUUGCAAGUACCUCCAGGAGCAGAUCAGAGAGGCACAACGUAGAUCAGUAGACCAGUAUAACAGGAAGCACAAGGACAUUGAGUUUAAGGUGGGUGAUAUGGUCUAUAUCAACCGCCGAAACUGGAAGACACGGAGACCCACACCCAAGUUGGAUACCCGGUUUGCAGGACCCUACCCAGUUCAGGAACGGGUAGGACGCCGAGCUUACCGAAUCACAUUGCCAGCAAACCUUAGGGUGCAUGAUGUGUUCCAUGUCUCCAUGCUCGAGCCAGCAAGAACAAGUUCUCUUCCUCAACGUGCUGAACAGCCCACCAUGCCACCACUUCCAGAUGAGGACCUCGACUUCGAAGUCGAAGCACUCAUCGACAAGCGUUCAUACAAUGGGACUACAGAGUACAAGGUGUUGUGGAGAGGGUACUCAGAAGAAGCUGCUUCAUGGGAACCAGUAGAGAACCUCAACUGUCCCGACCUCAUCCAGGAGUAUGAGGUGUCGGAGGGGGGACGAGUGAGUAGACAAAGUAGAGAAAGGAGGAGAGAACAGGAGGAGUAG